AUGUCUUUCGGAUUCGGAGGGUUCGGACAAAACAAUCAGCAGAGCUCCGGCUUCGGUACCGGCUCUAGCUUCGGAGGCACAAGUACUGGCGGAGGCUUUGGAUCUACUUCGUCACCUUUCGGUGGAGGUACAAGCUCAGGCAGUGGCCUGUUUGGAAAUAACUCCAGCAGCUUUGGUUCCGGUGGAGGAUUCGGAGCGAAUACCCAAAACCAGUCAAAUUCGUUGUUCUCGAAGCCCGCCGGAUCUGGGUUCGGGACUGGCACAUCAACAGGCGGCGGCAUGUUCGGAAGCGGUACCACCCCCACGGCAGGUGGCAGUGGCUUUGGAAGCACUGGCUUCGGAGCCUCUGCGAACACCGGUGGCUUUGGUAGCCCGGGCGCGGGCGGUAGCAUUUUUGGAAACAAGUCUGGAGGAACAGGGUUUGGCAGUUCGGCUGGGACCGGCGGUGCGUUUGGCUCGGGAGGUGGCUUUGGAAGUAACACGGCUACUCCUACUACUGGCUUCGGCAGUGGAACUGGCUCUGCGUUCCAGAGUGUCCCCCCGUCCGAUGGGACCGGGAGCACCCCCUUCAGUGCAUUCACUGAGAAGGACGGCGCCAGCAGCGUGACCAACCACUACCAGAGCAUUUCCUUCAUGCAGCCGUACAGCAAGUACUGCUUUGAGGAGCUGCGACUGGGUGAUUACAACCAAGGGCGCAGAUUCGGCAAUGGCAGUGGACAAGCUGGCGCGUUUGGUAGCUCGGCCUUUGGAGGCUCCGGCUUUGGUGCUCAACAACAAGGCGCCUCCACCGGUUUUGGAGGAGGAGCCGCCGCUUCUCCCUUCGGCGGCGGUGGGACAAGUGCGCCUUCGGCCUUCGGCCAGACCCAGACGACGGGCGGUUUUGGCUCUACCUCCACCAACCCUUUGUUCGGAGCUGCUAAGCCCGCCAACUCCUUGUUUGGGGGGACUUCCACCGGGACCUCUCAGGCCAGCCCUUUUGGCGGUACGACCGGAACGACGGGUGGCUUUGGAGCCGGCACAUCAGGAGGCACGGGUGGCGCUUUUGGUGGAACCGGCGGUAGCUCUUUGUUCGGCAGCAACAACAACCAGCAGCAGCAGCAGAACAAGCCUUUGUUCGGAGCUAGCGGAACGUCUACUGGAACCGGUGGUUUCGGCGGGUUUGGACAACAGCAAAACACCAACACGGCAUCUCCAUUCGGCGGCGCCAGUACCGGUGGCACCUCUUCUCUCUUUGGUGGUGCUGGUCAGCAGCAGCAGCAGCAGCAGCCGCAAAGUGGCACGGGGGGAUUCGGUGGCUUUGGCCAGCAGAACCAAGCGCAGAACCAGAACCAGACUCAGAACAAGGGACUUUUCGGCGGGUUCGGUCAAAACAAUCAGCAGCAGCAGUCCGGUGGCACCGGUCUUUUCGGCAACACCGCGGGAAGCAAUACCGGAGGGUCAUCUCUAUUCGGACAAAACCCGCAGCAAAACCAGCAGCAACCGGCCGGUAACUCUCUCUUUGGUGGAGGCACCAACAACCAGCAAACUGGAACUAGCUCUCUCUUUGGUGGCGCGAAUCAACAGCAAGGACAGAAGAGCUUAUUCGGCAAUACCACCGGCGGCACCGGCACCGGCGCCAGCCCAUUUGGUGGUGGUUUAGGAGGCACCCAGAAUCAGCAAACUGGCACCGGCGGCUUGUUCGGCGGCACUCAGAACCAGCAACAACAGAAGCCCAGUCUUUUCGGCGGGGCUGGCGGCACAGGGUCCUCCUUGUUCGGUGGCCAAAGUACGGCAGGUCAAAACACUGGAAGCUCGCUCUUUGGCAACAGCCAGCCCCAGCAACAGCAGGGCGGCGGUCUUGGUUUAGGCAGCUCUCUCUUUGGUGGAAGCACGCAGCAAGCCCAGCCUCAGCAACAGCAGCAACCGCAGCAGCCAGCCCCCGGGAGCUUGCAGGCCUCCCUUCUCGACGGAAAUCCCUAUGGAAACCAGUCCAUCUUCUCCGGCUUGCCCGCUCCAAGUGCUCCUAGCCCCGGCCCAUUGGCAACGCCGCUCUCGUCUUCAAUCAAGCAAAAGCAGCGCACUCCCUUGCCCGUUUACAAGAUCGCCCCAAGCGCCGCCAAUCGUCUCAUCACGCCGCCAAAGCGUCAAGGAUAUGGGUUCUCGUACUCGACCUACGGAUCUCCCUCUAGCGCCGGUAACACCCCCAAUGGACUUGGCAGCAGUCUUCUCAGUGGACGCGCAAGUGUCGGCGGUAGCCUUGGACGUAGCAACGGCUUCAGCAAGAGCUUUUCCACCAGCAAUCUACGGAACAGCUUUGAGCCAGACUCCCACAGCGUUCUGGCGCCUGGCGCCCUCUCGUCGGUCUCCUCCGGGCCACUUCGCGCGUCGGGCAGUAGCUUGAAGCGCCUGACCAUUGACCGCAGCGUGAGCGUCAAGAAUGAUCUCUUCUCGCGUUCAACCAGCUCGCCUACCGCUCCCCUCCCUGCCGCAGCUGAGUCGGGCCCGUCGACGGACAAGGGCAAGAAGAGGGUUAGCUUUGAUUCUUCUUCCGACGGAAUGGCGCCCGCGGCUGUCGUCCCCGCUGAAACUGAAAGCGCAGAGCCCACCCCAGAGGAGCUGGGAUUCCUGCGCUCCAUUCGUAAAAGUGGCACUAUCAACGGGGUCAAUGGCGCCGGUGGUGCUGUAAAGACGACUCCCGCCAGAGAUCUCGCCGUUGUCCCUGAGGAUGGCGCGCAAAACAUUGAAUUUGACGACGAUUCAUCCCGGCUUACCUUCUCUCCUGGAAGGGACCCUAGGCCUGGCGAUUACUGGAUGAAGCCUACGCGCGCGGAGAUCAACAAAAUGAGCCGCGAGCAGCAGAAGAACAUGGUUGGCUUGACUGUCGGUCGUGAACGAUGCGGUCAGGUAACCUUCGAUGAGCCAGUUGAUCUGACGACGGUUGACCUGGACAACAUCCUGGGUGGACUGGUCGACAUCGGCCUGCGCAAGAUCACCGUGUACCCAGACGAAGCCAUCAAGCCCCCGAUGGGUAAGGGAUUGAACGUCCCCUCGACUCUGUGCAUCGAAAACUCUUGGCCCCGAGGCAGAGACAGAAGGUCCCCAACGCCCCUCACUAGCGGCCCUCUCUUCGACAAACAUAUCGACCGCUUGAGAAAGGUCGUCAACACCGAGUUUAUCGAUUACGCCACGGAAACCGGCACAUGGGUUUUCAGAGUGCCCCACUUUACCACGUAUGGCCUUGAUUAUGAUGACGAUGAAGAUGAAGGUGAGAGCUAUAACCAAAGCACUGUGAGUGCUGCUCCUGACACUCCGACUCCGAAGGCUCAGUCCCCCGCGAACCUCGACAGUACCGUGGGCUCGGAGCAAAUGUCCACCAUCUCAACUGACGAUCCCUUCUUCAACUCGGUGGGAGGGGUUGAUGACGACACUUUCGAUUUUAAAAAGCGCAAAAUGGUCCCGGGCUCGUUUGGCAACCAGGCCAUGGAGAUGGAUGAGCAGUCCGCUUCUGGAGAAGACGAGUCUUUUUUAGGGGACGGCUCCACGGGUUCGACUACUGAGCAAGAAGGUGAUGAUAUCACCGAGAGCCAGCACUCUGGCGAGUCAGAAGUUGAAUCGUAUGAGGGUGAGGAAAUGGACAUGGCGGGUACUUUCCCCAACCUUCAUCAUACCGUGGAGCAGGACAACACCAAAAGCACCGACCACUUUACCGAGGACACCCUCCCUUCCUUGAAGCCCUGGGGCACACCUCCCAAGGCUCGUCUCGAUCUUAGUGACGACUGGGCCGAGCAAUUGCAGCGAACGAUCAGCCCCAGGAAGCAGAACCGAGAUGCACUGCGCGAAAUCCAACGCAAUGCCUUUGCCAAUAAGUCGUCCCACGAGAGCUCACCAAAAGAAAAUGGCACGGAAUCUGGACAGAAAGGGUUCUCGACGAGCAUCGACCUGAUGAAUUCGUUGUUUCAACAGCCACGCAAGCAGCAAGUAACGAGUCCCCCCAAGGAACAGAAUGCGAAGGCUGCUAAAGGCUUUGAGUGGCCUUACAGCAAAACUCCGAAGACGUUCGCUGGCGAGUCAAAUGAAUUGACCGAAGACGAUCUUGCUUUCCAUCACUCGUUCAAGCCGCGCUGGGGUCCCGUGGACUCUAUCAUUUGCGUUCAAAAUGGACUUAGCGAUGCAUGCUCUGACGAUCGAUGGCAGCCACAACUUUCUGUCACCAGUGAAGAGAGAGAUGUUGUCUUGCUCGCGUUCAAGAACACUGCCGAAUCCAGUGAGAUGCUGGAUAUUCAGAGCAAGCAGUCUGUUGUAACCCGUGUCGAUGGUAUUCCUUUCGCGCGCUUGGCCAAUGCCGAUUUCCGGCAGUUUGCCUCGGCGUCAUCGAGCAAUACAGCGUCUGAUCAAGAACGCCUUGUCUGGCAAUUGAGCAACAUAUUGUUCAACAAUGAAAUUGAAGAUGACAUCUCUGCCGGCGUUCCAGCGCAACAUCGGGCUAAAUACCUCCCUCGCAUCAAAAAGGACCGCUUGAGUCGUUUGUGGGAACGGAUCAUCCGCGAGAGACAUGCGCACACACUGGGCAAGGCCAACUCGGCCGAGGAGCGUGCGGUGUACUUGCUCUGCUCCCACCGAGUCGAGGAGGCAUGCAAUGUCUUGAUCGCUAGUCAAAAUUUCCAUCUUGCGACACUCCUCGCUCAGGUCGGUCGAGACCCCACUUCGCGCGCGGACAUGGCCAAGCAAGUUGAGAUGUGGCGCCAGCAUAAUGUAUACUCAGAAAUGACCGAGCCCAUCCGAGCGUUGUAUGAACUUCUGGCCGGUAAUGCGCUUCACAGCGAGGGAAAAUCCGGGGGUGCUCUUGAAGACCGGUUAUCGUCUUUUACUUUCACCGAGCGAUUCGAGUUGGACUGGUAUCAAGCAUUCGGUCUUCGAUUGUGGUACGCCAUCACUGAUGACGAGCCACUUGAGGUUGCUGUUUCCAAAUUUUUCAACGACCUGAACAGCGGCAAAGAGUCGGCUUUCCCCUAUCCUUCUCACCAAGACAACACCCAGGUGCCCCAAACUACGACGGAUGUCUCGGGCCGCGAAUCCCCACUGUGGGUUUUGCUGAAGCUUUACUCGACCACCGUGGGCGCUUCAAACCUGCCUGCGCUGGAACUACCGGCUGCUUUCCUGCCUGAGUCCGUGACCGGAGAUAAGUUAUCGAGUCGAUUGUCCUUCCAGCUGCACCAGCUCUUGGCUGCCACCAUUGGACACCACGAGAGCUUCAAGGCAAACGCUGCGCAAGUAGACAAGUUGGUGCAAGACUAUGCCUGGGAACUCAGCUGCAGUGGUGAACUUGAACGAGUUUUGUUUGUUCUGCUCCACCUAUCCCGGCAGUCAGACCGCGAGCGUGCCGUCAAAGAGACUCUGGCACGUUUUGCGUCCCGGCUACCUGAACCAAGCACCCCGGACGGAUCCCCAGACGCCACUUGGCAAUAUCUCACCCAAGAUCUGCAGCUUCCUGAGGGGUGGAUCUGGGUAGCCAAGGCCCUCUACGCGCGUGACGUUGGCGAUGCAGCCCGCGAGGUUGACUGCCUUGUCCGCGGCAAGAACUGGAACGAUGCUCAUGCCACUUUCUGUCGCAUCGUCGGCCCGACCGCUGUGAUUGAGCGCGACUAUUCCACGCUCGAGACUCUGGUUUGGGGCUUUGGCGAGGCCCCGGAGCGCAAAGUGCGAGGCUGGGCCACUGGAGGCGGCAUCUAUGACGACUUCCUUCAUCUUGUGACUGCCAAGCAUGGCAAGCGGGAUGCCUCUCGACUCAACCGACUUGUCAAUGCAUUGGUGACGAUGGGAGAGAAGAUCGGUCAAGCAUCUGGAGUGGAAGGGCUGGAAGAACGGGUGGCCUUCAAGGAGAUGAGCCGGGCUGUUGCCAACUGGACGGCUCACGAAGAUGGAAAGACGGUGGAUAUCUCAAAUGUCCUUGGCCUGCCUCUCACGGGAGAUGCGCGUCUUCUUCAAAUGGCAGAGAUGAGUCGGCGCUACUACAGUGUCAUCAUGGCGGGCGCCUAUUAA